AUGUCAUUGUAUUAUCUGAACGAAUGUGAAUUUAUUGUCGUAAAUAGGCCAAUACGAUACAAGAUCGCUAAUACCAAUCAAAAAUCUCGUUCCAAGCUGCAAGCUAUCGUCCGUCAAUACGGUAUUUUCUGCUAUCCCGGUACUGUAAAUAACAAAAUUUUGAAGGCGAAAUAA